GUAAACAAAGCGGGGGGGGGGGGGGGCGAGCCUGUUAACUGGAGUUUCGCCCGCAACUCGAGAUGUCGCGCACAACUCAGCGCAUUUUACGCACGCUGACUGACCACAACAAGCCCGCGGGCACGUUACGUAAGCGCGCAGCCACGGCAGGCAUUUAAACCGUGAGGCUGCGAGGCUCCCGGAACCCUCUGACCCCAGCGUGUCUUCACACACACUCAACACGGUCCUCGGCGUCCGAGUCAUGUCUUCGUACAGCAACAGCGUGUGUUUCAACGCGGCCAGGAGGGUGGCUAUCUUCGGGGGCACGCACGGGAACGAGAUGUCCGGCGUGACGCUCGUCAACCUGUGGGUGAAGAACGGCGCCGAGAUCCAGAGGAAAGGUGUCGAGACCAAACCCUUCAUCACCAACCCGAAGGCGGUGGAGAAGUGCACGAGAUACGUGGACACGGACCUGAACCGAGCCUUCAGCCCGGAGAACCUCAGUGCCCCGGGAGGAGAUAACCUGCCCUACGAGGUGCAGAGGGCCCAGGAGAUCAACAGGCUGUUCGGGCCCAAGGGGAGCCCCGAGGCCUACGAUGUCAUCUUCGACCUCCACAACACAACGUCCAACAUGGGCUGCACUCUGAUUCUGGAGAGUUCCAAAGACCACUUCAAUCUGCAGAUGAUGAACUACAUCAAGAAAGCCAUCGCUCCCGCCAGUUGUCUCGUACUGCUCAAUGAACACCCUCUGUUGAAAUAUUCCACUUCACGCUCAGUUGCCAAGCACCCUGUUGGUCUGGAAGUGGGUCCUCAGCCUCAAGGUGUUCUGAGGAGUAACAUCUUCGAAGCUAUGAGGGUCAUAUUGAAACAUGCCCUGGACUUCAUCGAACUGUUUAAUGAAGGCAUGGAGUUCCCUCCCUGUACGGUGGAGGUUUUCUGGGUCUCAGAGAGGAUCGAUUACCCCAGAGAUGCCAAUGGAAACAUCAUCGCCAUGGUGCACCCUAACCUGCAGGACUGUGACUGGGAACCGCUGAACCCCGGUGACCCCAUGUUCCAAACAUUCGACGGAAAGACCAUCCACUACCAAGGCUCAGGCACCGUCUAUCCCACUUUUAUAAAUGAGGCGGCGUAUUAUGAGAAACAACAGGCGUUUGUGACCACCAGGCGGGAAACCUUGGUCGCGAGCGCCAUCAGAAAAGCAUGAGUACGCGUCAGCCGCAAAGCAAAAACGAUCCGUGUAUAGAUUUUUUACACUUUGUUCUGUUAGCAAAUGAGACUUUUCUCCCAUGAUGACUAGGCACCAUCUUUUACACACUGAUUUCGUUUUUCUAUGCGUUUACUAUCAGAAAAUGAAUUAACUAUGCAAAGAACGCUCGCGGAGGCUUUGCCAAGAGUGUCUGUGAAAGUCUUGACGACUGGUAUACUGCUGUGGUAAAUAUUUAUGAUACUACUGUUAUUUUAAAUGACAUUAAAUCAAUACGUUUUAUAAUAUUUAAGGCCAGGCCUAAUCACUGAAUCAUCACUCAACACUCCUACUACUGCUCAGGACAGCCAUUGAGGAUUCUAACCUGCAACUUUUGACCCAAAACUGUAUGUCGUUCGUCUCCUUCUGACAAUAUAUUUGUACCAUCUUCGGUAGGGUGUCUGUGGCCUUCAAUUCUACCUACCUGUAACACCAGUGGUUGCAUAUGUGGUGCUGUCCUAUUGUUGCCUUAACAGAGACUUUGGAUUAAAAAAAAAAGAAUUGCACAACAAAUUUGGAGUGAAACUUGUAGAUUAUGUGUGUUGGAAAACAAGAUAUUAUUUUGAUAAGAAAUGGAGUAUGUUCCGUUCCUCUACACACGCGGGAUGCAGUUUGAAACGUGUUUUAUAAUAAUAUAUUUGUGUCUAUUUUGAUAUACUUGUACUGUAUGUUGGUUUUAAGUGACGUAUAAGACUCGUUGAAUCACGAAGCAUAUGUACUUUCUAAUAUUUUUACGUCCUUGUCGUCUCAAAGUGUGUCGCUGUGGUCUGACAGUAAUUCAUUUGAUCACUCAGCAAUAUUUUCUGUAGCACCAUUUAUAUGAUUAGUAAUGUUUACUGUCCUUGAAGUCCUGUGGAAAUGAUCCGUUCAAUAAAUGUAGUACUAUGCUCUA